GAAGUAUCCAAGAGCGUUAGUUUUCGCUUUUAGUUUGAACGAUUAGAAGAUUAUUAGUAUGCGUAUAAAACGGGUGGAAUGUAAUAGGGACACUCGUGGAAAACGUGCAGCACGUGGCCGAUCGCUUUUUUAAUUGGAACUCGCUCGCCACUGGCCCAAGUCCUGGCCAGCAGUUAUUACCGAUAUUUCGUAGAUUCGCGGCGAAUGAAACAAUGCACAAGCGAAAGAAGCGAUAAACUCGAUUCGACUCGACUCGACUCGUUGUUUUGAAUCCGUUGUUCGAUUCGGUUUAAAAGAAGUUUUAUUUUGGCCGCCGCUGAGCGUGCAAGAUUCCGGGGCCAAGUGUGAAAAAGUGUUUCGACGGUGGAAAAUCCGAAUUAUCGUUCGAAUAAUUGGAUUAAUAAUAAUUAUUAAAUUAAUCGGAUAUCGCUUGUAUUGUUAAUUUAAAAUUUUUUUUUAUUUUUUUAGUUUUUAUCAAUAAUAUUAAUCAAAGAUAUAUUUUUAUCAAAAAUUUAGUGCUUGUUUCAAUCUAUUCAUAUAAUUCAAUAUUUUUUGUUUCAAAGAUUAAUUCGAUUAAUUCGAAAGUUUGAUCUGAUCGAAGCGAAAAAAAGGAAAGGAAAGGAACAUGAACAAGGCGCUCGCUCUGCUGAUCAUCCUUCAAGCAAUUCGCGCCAACCGUUCGAUCCACCCCUCGAACGACGUGGAGGGAAUCGGCGGCGCCGAGGCCUCCUCGUGCACCCUGGCGAGAUCGAUCGAUCGAUCGGGGAGGAACGGAUCGUUCUCGAACGAAACGCAAUUCUGCGAGGCGUGGAAGGGGACGAAGAAGAAUUUCGAGAACGGAUCGUAUCACGAGACGAUUGGCAAGUUUCCUCUUUGCGCCGGGUUGACGAGCGACGGGAUAUCGCACAUGCUGCGCUUCACCCCGAACUUCACGUUCGUUCAGAACGCUGAAUGCCGGGAGCAGGUUAACGUUUUCCUGCGCGAAUUGAGGAAUUACAAAUUCUGGGCCAUGGAAAUGUUGGACUCGAACGCGAAACUGCCAUCCAGUUUGUUGCAAGGGAACGUGAAUCAAUUGGGUGAUUUCGAUCAAUGCUUGAACGUUGCGGCGCGCGAGAGGUGGAACGGAAGGGAGAUAAGGAUAAAGGGGAGGUACUUUUUGACGCUCAUAGACGUGGACGCGACCCAUCCAAUCACGGAACGUCUGGUUUUCGUCAUGAAGGCGCAUAACAUAUUCUUGUCCAAUUUGCACGAGAAACGUGGACACUUUUUCCCAAAAUUUCCGCUGAUAAGGUGGGCGCUCUGCCUGCCGUCAGCUUGCUCCAACGAGGACGCGAGAAGCGUGAUCCAACACGCGUUGAACGAGUACAAUUUAACGGCGGGGAUCAGAUUUAUGGUCCGCGCCGAUCCCAACACGAGUUACGUAAAGCACGAGUCAUCGAAUUAUACGAAAGAAACGAUCUACGUUUUAUGUUUCUUUGCAAUUGUCGCAUGUCUCGUUGCAGCAACAACAAUGAGAGAUUACUUGGGGACGCGUGGCGAGAAGGAGAAAGAGAACAGUUUGGAGAGGAUAGCGAUGGGAUUCUCGUUGAGGAGGAGCGCGAAAUCUUUGUUCAAAAAGGAGACGGGGCCCAACGACAUCACGUGCAUACACGGGAUGAAAUCGAUUUUGGCCGUGCUUUUAUCCAUGGCGCACAGGAACAUGACACUGUGCAUAAUGCCGUACAUGAAUCGAAUCUACUACUCUCACGUGGCGAAGGAACCGCUAUCGGUCAUCAUUAGACUAGCUAUGAUAUACACGGACUCGUUCUUACUGUUCAGCGGCACGUUGAUAUCCUUCAACAUGACGCACGAGUUGACAACGAGGGGAGAGAUUCGUUGGUUCAGGCGGCUUGUUUCCAGAUACGUGAGACUCACCCCGAUGUUGCUGGUCGUCGUGCUCUAUUACGCGUACGUGAUGGAGCACACCGGCUCGGGCCCGGAAUGGAACAUCAACGUGAAGAAUGCCGAUCUUUGUAAGAAAACCGGAUGGAUGAACGUGUUGUACGCGCAGAUCUUUCUACCGUUCGAGGAUCAGUGCGCUUCCCACACCUAUCAAGUAUCCAUAGACAUGCAACUGUCAUUGUUGGCUCCUGUAUUGGUAUUCGUGUUAAAAUUCUGGCCAACGCUCGGGAUACUUCUCGCCUUGUCCAUCGUUUCUUUAUCGACGAUACUUCGUUACACGAUAAUGACGAGGAACGACAUUACCAUAAUGUUGUAUUACGGCUUGUCGGUGGAGAAAUUCUACAGUAUGAGCAAUCUGAUAUACACGAUUCCGUUUUACAGAAUCACGCCGUACGUGUGCGGCGUUGCUCUUAGCGUGUUGUUGUAUCGCGUUGGAAAACACGUUAAGAUUCCCAAGCUCGUGGUGAAUCUAGGAUGGUCGUUGUCGGCGAUAAUCAUAACGUGGAUGUUGUACUGGCCGCGCGACAUCAUGAGGGAAGAUUACGUGUUCGACAUUGUAUCGCUGACCAAUUUCGUAGUGAUCAAUCAAAUCCUGUGGACAUUGGCCCAGUGUUGGAUAAUAUUCGCGUGUUACACGAAUAACGGGGGUGUGAUAAACAAAUUCCUUUCCCAUCAUUGGUUCGUCGUGUUCAGCAAGAUAUCGUACUCGUUCUAUCUGAUCCAAUUCAUAUUUUUUUUCUACGAGAUCGGGACCAUCAGAUAUCCGGAUAUUUUUUACAUAUUUCAACUAAUCAAUUUUAAGCAAAUGAUUUUGCUCACCCUCUCGUCGAUAGUUCUUACUUUGAUCUUCGAUAUAUCCAUGCAGGAGAUCAAAAAUUACAUAAUGAAAAAAUGAGCGUUCAAAAACGGUUUACACGGUAAACUGAAAACGUGGACUAAUAACUGGUCCAAAGUUUUGUACCAGUAUAUUUUGUAUAUUUUUAUUUUCUUUACGACACUUUCUUCAGUUCUUUUUUUUUUUUUUUUUUACAGCGUUCUUUGAAAAAAUUUGCGUAAUAUUUGCAUCAAGAUCGAGAAAUAAAUAUUGUAACAUUGUCCAAUUGAUUUUUACUCUCUUCACGUUUAUUAUUCCUCUCGUUUUUCGUUUAUCGAAAUAUAUAUAAAUAAAGUGUAAAUAUUCUUCGAGAUGAAGAGAAAAAUAUUUUCAAAGAAUAUCAAUA